AGCUCCGGGUGCAAUUCCCCAGCAUUCUUGGGGCGUGACUCAUGCAGGUUCUUAGCCAGCCCCCAAGGGGGUGUCCACCGCCAGCGCUAUAAAGAGGGACGCCUCCUCUCAGCGCCCUGCACGCGGCGUCCGCAGGAGCAGCGCGCAUCUGCAAGACCGAGCCUGCAGGAUUCCAGAACCAUCCGAGGCACCAUGAAGUCGCUGCUGCUUCUUCUGGGGCUGCUGCUCUUGGGGUCACCAGGGCAGGGCCGGGACAGUGAGCAGGGACUGGCCAGCCAGGAGGUGUCGGACAAGGAGCUGCAAGAAAUGUCUGCCCAGGGCAGUAAAUAUAUCAAUAAGGAGAUGAAAAAUGCCUUCAAGGGCAUGAAGCAGAUGAAGAGCCUCAUUGAGAAGAACAAUGAGGAGCGGAAGGCUCUGCUGGACGAACUGGAAGAGGCCAAGAUGAAGAAGGAGGAUGCCCUCAACAGCACCAGAGAGUAUGAGGAGAAGCUGAAGGAGACCCAGGGCAUGUGCAACGACAGCAUGUUGGCCCUGUGGGAGGAGUGCAAGCCAUGCCUGAAGCAGACCUGUAUGAAGUUUUACGCGCGUGUUUGUAGGAGUGGCUCCGGCGCAGUGGGCCAGCAGCUUGAGGAGUUCCUCAACCAGAGCUCGCCCUUCUACCUGUGGAUGAACGGGGACCGUGUGGACUCAUUGCUGGAGGACGAGAGGCAGCAGGCACACGAGCUGGACAUCAUGCAAGACAGAUUCCACCACACAUCCAGCCUCCUGGACUCGCUCUUCGCUGACUCGCUCUUCACCCGCGAGAUGCCCGAGCCUCACUUCUUCAGGCCCUUCGGCCACCGGCACCACCGGCCAUCGUUCUUUGGGUCCAGCUCGCGCGUGGUCCGCAGCCUCCUGCCGUUCCACCACUUCGAGCCAUUCAACUUCGACAGCAUGUUCCGGCCUUUCCUGGAGAUGAUGAAUCAGGUGCAGCAAGCCAUGGAGACGCAGCUGCAUGAGAGCCUGGAGCACCUGCCAGAAACCUCAGAAGGUGGCAACAACCGGACUGUGUGCAAAGAAAUCCGCCAUAACUCCACAGGGUGCCUGCGGAUGAAGAACCAGUGUUCCAAGUGCAGGGAGAUCCUUGCUGUGGACUGCUCGGCCAGCAACCCUGCUCAGGAGCAGCUGCGCCAGGACCUCAGGACCUCACUGCUGAUGGCUGAGAAGUUCUCCCGACGCUAUGACCAGCUGAUGCGCUCCUAUCAGCAGAAAAUGCUAAGUGGUUCAACCAUGCUGAAGCAGCUGAACCAGGAGUUCAGUUGGGUGUCCCGGCUGGUCAACUUCACGCAGGGUGAUGAUCAGGAGCUCCUGAAGGUCACCAAGGUGAAUUCUCAGGCGCCCACCGUGGAUGGUGUGGGCGGAGCCACCUUGGUAGACCUGAAGCUCUUUGAUUCGAUGCCCCUUACUGUGGCCAUCCCAGACUCUGUCCCCAGGAGGAGCCCCAAGUUCAUGGAGAUAGUGUCCGAGAAGGCCUUGCAGGAGUUCCGGCAGCAGGAGCGGGUGGAAUGAGACGAUUCACUGCUUCCCAGAGAAAGGGGCGUCGCCUAAACCCUGCUACUGCUCCCCCAAGACAGCCCUGGACACUCAGACCAUGCAGUCUGUCCGUCUGUCCCUGCUCCACGUCUGACACAUCCACACUUACACCUGCUGUCCGCAGGAACACCCCCUGCGGGCACUAAUCCCAAUAAAGUUGCCUGUAGAGCCCAGAGUUAACCUGGA